UUUUUCCCUCUCAGUGGCCUCUGAUGUAAACAGGAAGAGUCUUAGACAAAUUUCUGUUGAGUUUUUCAGAUGACUAGCGUGCUAGCUAAUGGAGUUUGUGGCUAGAAUUAAACACAAGGGGCCUUAACAUCCCAUAACAUUACCUCCAAAUGUGAGUAAGAUGGAUGACAUCAAUUUACACUACAGGAUCCUCAACUGGAGGCGCAGGAUCAGAGAAAUAAGGGAAGUGCGAGCUGUACGCUAUCAGGAGCGCUACAAACGCAUGCUGAAGGAUGGAGACACUUUGAGUUACCAAGGGAACUCUGAUGAAGUUGGCUGCUAUGUGGCUCCACGGCCUUUAUCAAAAGGAAACUGUUACUUUGAGGUGACUAUAAUGGACACGGGUGUCAGAGGGACGAUUGCUGUGGGUCUGGUUCCUCAGUUCUACAAGCUUGAUCAUCAGCCCGGUUGGCUGCCUCACUCAAUCGCUUACCAUGCUGAUGAUGGGAAACUGUAUAAUGGCAACCCUGUCGGCCAGCAGUUCGGCCCCAAGUGCAACCGUGGCGAUCGGAUAGGCUGCGGGAUCUACGCAGACACUUUCGACGCCGGACUCACCACUGUGUUUUUCACCAAGAACGGCAAAGAGGUGGGCUCAGUGGUGGUGCCUGUGGCUCCGGGUGGCCUUUUCCCUGCCAUCGGCAUGCACUCUCUGGGGGAGGAGGUGCGUCUGAACCUGCAGGCCGAGUGGGGCACGGAGGAGGAGGACAGCAUCAUGAUGGUGGACAGCCACGAGGAUGAAUGGGGACGCCUGUAUGACGUCAGAGUCAGCGGAACGCUGCUGGAGUAUGUAGGAAAGGGAAAGAGCAUCAUGGACGUGGGACUCGCUCAGGCUCGCCAGCCGCUCUGCACACGGAGCCACUACUUCGAGGUGGAGAUUGUGGACCCUGGAGAGAAGUGCUACAUUGCAUUGGGCCUCGCUCGAAGAGACUACCCUAAGAACAGACAUCCAGGCUGGAGCCGAGGCUCAGUAGCAUAUCAUGCAGAUGAUGGGAAGAUUUUCCAUGGCAGUGGAGUUGGAGAUCCAUUUGGCCCACGUUGCUUUGAAGGGGACAUCAUGGGCUGUGGGAUCAUGUUCCCUCGUGACUAUGAAGAUGAGGCUGAUGAUGGAGAGGACAUGGCAGAGAAUCCCAAGCAAAACCGCGUUCAGAACGUACUGUACCUAAACGAUGAGGAUGAGGAGGAUGAGGGAGAUGACGCAGAGCAAGAGCAGGAAGGCAGGAAGGUUAUGGUGUUCUUCACCCGCAAUGGGAAGAUCAUUGGGAGGAGGGAGGUGGUGGUGCCGGCUGGAGGAUUCUACCCCACCGUCGGCAUGCUGAGCAGUGGAGAGAAGGUGAAGGUGGAUCUCCACCCUCUCAGCGGCUGAUGGCCAGAGACUACAACUAAUCCCAUGUCGACAGUUCAACUGUGAGCCUGUAGCAACAUGAACGGUUUAAAAGGGAAUCAGGGAACAUUAAGUCUGCAAACUGAUCUAAUGUCUUUUUUUUUUCUUAUUGAUGGGUGCACACUGUGGAAGUAGGUGGAAGUUUUUCAUAUUAAUUGCCAUGGAACCAAAAACAGCAGUGCAUGAUUUUCACUCACGCUGGAAUAACGAUGCAUAUCUUACUGUCUUUAGGCCUUUUUGUCCUUCAGGGGCCGAGCUGUAUUCUCUUUAUACGGUUUUGGCGAUGGUUCCAUGUGUAACCAUGUUGAGCAGCUGUAUUCAGAGUUGAGCAGAGUGUGUGUGGUAAGAAAUUAAUACUGAAAUACUGCAUACACUCAUAUUAUUAUUUGGACUUAAGGGCUAUAUAGACAGUUACAUUAUUAUGUGUUAAAUAGCAGCUAUUCACACUUUUUGUACCAAAGGGCUUUUCUCUUAGCUGUAAGUCCAGCUACACUGUAUGACAAUUUUUUGUCAGUGAUAUGAUAUUGGCAAUAUAAUAUAUUAUAUCUAGUAAUAGUAAUUAGAAGAACAAACAACCACAGAAUGUAACUUGUGGCCAAUAUUAGAUGUUUAAAUGUGACCUCGAAAAAUAAAGAAUCAUAUAAAUACAGAUUUAUUCCCAAAUUACAAAUAUUCAGUAAAAUACUUACUCAAAUCAGGGGUGGACAAAUUAUAAAUCAUAAAUUCAUUAGCUAGCUCUUCGGGCAAGUAAAAUCUCUUAAAGUGCUGCCCAGUACCAAUUUUAACCGACAAGGCUAAAAAGUGGCAAGCUACAUAGCUAGUUAAGUGAAUUAAUACAGAGACAAAUGAGUAUAAAAUUAUAAAAUAAUGGUUCAGCUAUUAGCCAUGAUGUUUUCUUCACAUCGCACAUAAAAACCCUUCGUUCACACUAGCAAGAGACAAGUCACUUGUAUCGCUUGUAGUGUGUCUCUUGUGGGCGUGCACUCUCUAGCGUGCACUCAUGAGGAUGGAACUGAAGAAAAGUCGGACCAGACCGAGUACAUCAUUGAGUGGAUUGGUCCGAGGAAUCAUUUGAAUUUGGAUUCGUCGCUUUGCAGUGUCGUAUCUAAUUUGCAUAGGAUUAAGAAAAUCUCAGUUCAGUUAUCAACUGUUAUGCCAUCACUUUGUCGAUUGCUGUUGUCGCUGAAAUUGUGGCUCUAUGUCAUGUAUAUUCAUAGAAAACAAAUGAUCGCCGGUAACUUUCUAGUGUGAAUGCAAGGGUAUUCCGCACUUGACUCGGUUUUGUCAGUGUCCACAUACCUGCGUGUAUCAGUUUUCCAUGCACAAUAAUUAAUUCGCCUAGUAAAAGCCAAUGUUCAUCGUGCAGCAGGUGGUGGGAUUCACCACGUGUAACUUGUGCUAUAGUUACAUCAUCAAGGUGCAUCGUGAAGCAUGUUUUGUCUAAAUAUAAAUCAAAGUAAAAGUCAAUAGCAAGUAGGAUUUAGGAGAAAACAGCUAGCCUACAGAGCCUACUUGUCCUUUGUGCCCAAACUACUCACUAGUCCACCCCUGGAAAUUAUUUUUAUAUUAUUUCAUUCUUUACAAUAUUAGUAAAGAUUUUUAUUUUAAAGAUAAAUGUACAUCCCAGCGCAUUUUCCUCCAGAAAAUUAUGUUCCCUGAAUUAGCCUAAUCUCAACAGUAUCUAAAUUACACAAUAAGGAAUCAGUCAUAUACCUCCAAGCCAUUCAUCAUCAUCUUUACCUUCAUGAACAGAGGCAUGUAUGCAGAAGGAGAAGUGUUUUUUAGGCCCCCACUGGAGGAGUUGUCACUUACAGAUGAGCAGUGUUUUAAAGGCUAUCGAUCUGUGAUGCUGACCUGAAACAACAAAUUGACAGCUGAGCGUCUGAUUGUUUCAGAAGGCGUCUGGGGGAAAUUCUCCGAGUCUCCUUGGUGUCCAUCAUUUUAAACAGAGGCAUAAUGUUCAGAAAGUUUCCCAUUAAGCAGCGGAGAAGGAGAGCUUGUGAAUGCGACUAUCAAGACAAUCAACAACAAUAUAUUCAGCUUCUAUUAGAUUACAUAUUUCUUAUUUUUAUAUCAUCAUAUCAGUCUAACCUUCUAACUUUAAUUUGAAAAAAAAAAUUACAUUUACAUUGAAUUGACAGCAAAUUUCACUUAUUAAAUGUAAACUGUUUAUUUCUUAUCACCUGAAAAUUGUGCCAACGCAGGUCAUUUUAAUCAUUUAAAUAAUCGAGAUCAUUAUCUAAAUACGGUUAACUAUUUUUCGUACAUAUAUAUUUGUUUUAUGAGCUUAAGUGGCCCGCUUAAGUCACCAACUCUGAAUACAGCGAAACUUAAAUGAUUUCAAUUGACUAACGAGAGUUGUAUGAAGCUGAUUUUCUGAUGCAUAGAUCAUAUGUAGCUAUAUAUAUAUAUUUUUAAAAAGCUUGUAUAUAAUGUACAGUUAUAUAUAUACUAUAUAUAUAUAUCACCGGCUGUACUGAUGCCACAGCAAGUAACAAAGAAUCACUUCAGGAAAUAGCUGAAUGAAUGACUGAAUAAAGGAAUGAAUGAAAGGAGUGAAUGGACAGAGAAUGGCAUUUCAGUUUAUAAACAGCAUGCAUUCGAGGGGCAGUCGCGUCCCCGAGCAUCAUCGUCACGGUCCUGCACCUUCCCCUUUCCCUCACAGUCCUAAAGCUGGUGACAUUUCUACUUUGUCAUGUUUUUGUUUUGUUUUUUUUUCCUGAUCAACUGACAUUCAGAAAGAAAGUGCCACUUUGUUAUCGCUGCUUCGUGGAAAUGAGGCCUUGGGCAGGAGCAGAGAAAUGUCACGAGGUAAUUGCGUCCACAGCAGAGGUCAGACAGUUUGCAGUGACGUAUGCUUUUCUGAGAUGCUAAAUGCAAUCUGAAAAAAAAAUCUAGAAAUAAAAGAGGUUUAUUUCUUUAUACUGGUGUGUUUGUAUUAUAUGUAUGCAAUUCAGCAGGGCCGUAUUCAGAGAGGAGAUUUGUUCACGCUGUGAGUAUUCAGAACCUUAGGUGCAACUCCGUACUUUCAGAAGUUGCGUGAGAGUUCCACACGUCAGGUGUUGUUUGAGAAAAACUGAGGCAUGUCUGAACUUGCAUGCAGUUCUGAACUUGGAUGCAUUAUUCUUGAGCGAGUCGGAAAAAGAAUAGCGUGAUAAAAUAGCUUAAAUCCAGUGCACACUUUACGAUUUCAUGGGCAAGAUUUAUAAACUUGUGACUUUGUUACAUUGUGCACACGGAGUAUCAAUUGGUGUGCAAUUAAAAUAAUAAUAGGAUGGACUGGAUCAAGUGCUAUUUUAUAAGCUGCUCAGUAUUGAAGGUGGAAGCCAUUUUCUUAAAGUGAGUAAUGUGAUGACUAGACACACACACACACACACACACACACACAUAUAUAUAUAUAUAUAUAUAUAUAUAUAUAUAUAUAUAUAUAUAUAUAUAUAUAUAUAUACACACACACACACACACACACACACACACACACACACACACACACACCGAUCAGCCAUAACAUUAAAACCACUGACAGGUGAAGUGAGUAACGUUACAGUGGCACCUGUCAAGGGGUGAGAUAUAUAAUAGUCAGCAAGUGAACAGUUAGUUCUUGAAGUUGAUGUGUUGGAAGCAAGAAAAAUGGACAAGCGUACGGAUCUGAGGGACUUUGACGAGGGACAAAUUGUGAUGGAUAGAUGACUGGGUCAGAGCGUCUCCAAAACAGCAGGUCUUGUGGGGUGUUCCCAGUAUGCAGUGGUUAGUACCUACUAAAAGUGGUCCAAAGAAGGACAACCGGUGAAUCAGUAACAGGGUCAUGGGCGCCCAAGGCUCACUGAUGUGCGUGGGGAGCGAAGGCUAGCCCUUCUGGUCCAAUCCCACAGAAGAGCUACUGUAACACAAAUUGCUGAAACUGUUAAUGCUGGCUAUGAUAGAAAGGUGUCAGAACAAAAGCGCCAAAACCAAGUACACCCCUUCAUGGCAACGGUAUUCCCUAAUGUCAGUGGCCUCUUUCAGCAGGAUAAUGCGCCCUGUCACACUGCAAAAAUUGUUCAAGAAUGGUUUGAGGAAAAUGACAGAGUUCAAGGUGUUGAUUUGGCCUCCAAAUUGCCCAGAUCUCAAUCCGAUCAAGCAUCUGUGGGAUGUGUUGGACAAACAAGUCCAAUCCAUGGAGGCCCCCAGGAUCUGCUGCUACUGUCUUGGUGCCAGAUACCACAGCACACCUUCAGAGGUCUUGUGGAGUCCAUGUCUCGAAGGGUCAGAGCUGUUUUGGAGGCACAAGGGACCUACAAAAUAUUAGGCAGGUGGUUAUGUUAUGGUGAUUAUGUAAAGUUAUGGCUGAUCGGUGUAUAUUUUCUUCUUCAAUGUGCAUUUUCUAUCUGUUUUUUUUUUUUUUUCAAAGCAAGUGAUUGUGCAUAUUCUGAAUGGGAAGUGCAGAAAAUUGAUUUAAGCACUCAAAGUCUUAAUGCAUGCAAAUUUAACUGCUUAACUUUGACAGAACUCUGAAUAUGGCCCUUAAUGAGGUUUUAAGUGGAAGUCUUAAGACCGUGUCUCAGGUUGGACAUGUGUGUAUCUUCAUUUUCUCAGUGUCUUGACAGCAAUCUAUUUCUUUCUUUUUUUUUUUCUUUAGUUAAAAAGUGUUUGCCACAUUAUUUAGCCAUGACGUGUGUCACUGACUGGAUGCCACCUCGUAUUAAAAAAAAAAAAAAAAAAAGAUGUUCUUUGGCAGUGUGUGCUUUAACAUGAGUUAUUCCAAUUCACUAAUGCCCUGAGCACUUUACAGCAGAUUGAUUGUGUGGGUAACAGUGUGGUGGUUUUACAGCUGUGUGUUUGUGAUGAAAGAUGUUGGAGCAGGGAUCACCAUGACAUAUUUAUAUGACACAUGCAUUUUCUGCUCCAGCCAUCUUGGACCGAGCCCACCGAUCUGCAAACUUCAGACAGUAAUUGUUUUUGUCUUGUCAUCAUGUCCCAAAAUUCAGAGAAAUGCAAUGUAUUUUUUUCAUGUUGGUUAAUGCCAAAAAUGUCACUAUAGAUCCUUCAAACUCUCCCACUAAAAGGGAAGACGAUUAAUUAUUUUACAUAUCUGUUGAAUGAUGACAUUAAACCACAUUUGCUUCACUUUAAA